AUGGAUUUAAUUCUGACUGUGGACAAUGCCGAUGAUUUCUCCGAGAAUUUCUAUGUGAUGCUUGCUAUGUUCGUAUCAUGCUGUAAGAUGUUCAGUUUAUUGAGAAAUCGUAACAACAUUACGAUGCUGAUUGAUAUUCUGAUGAAAAAACCAUGUAGACCUACUGAACAUGAUGAAAUAAAAAUUCGACAGAAAUUUGAUAAGAUUGUACUAACAAACACGCUUUACUACACGACUUUAGUGGAACUAACAUGUGCGUUUGCAUUAGCAACAUCUGUGUUUAAAGACUACAGAAAACACAAUCUAGCUUUCCGAGCAUGGUUACCAUUUAAUUAUUCUUCGCCAAUGUUAUUUCGGAUCGCUUACUUUCAUCAAUCGAUAAGUUUGACCGCUGGAUCGGUCCUUCACCUUGCUUGCGACAGUCUAAUUUGCGGAUUACUGAUGCACAUUUGCUCUCAGUUGGAAAUAUUGGAAUGUCGUUUGAAAAAAACUAUUAAUAAACCACAUAUUUUUCGGGAAUGUGUCAUACAGCAUACAUGCAUUUUCGAAUUUGCAUUAAUAACAAAUGAAAAAUUUAGAUUAACAAUCACCGUCCAGUUCUUAGUGAGUAUGUUAGUAGUAUGCUUCAAUCUGCAUCAAUUGACGCAGACGAGUGUGUUAAGUGCGAAAUAUGUUCAAAUAGUAUUAUAUAUGUUUUGCAUGCUGACACAAAUCUCUUUUUAUUGCUGGUAUGGAAACGAAGUUAAAUUGAAGAGUCGGCAACUGGUCAGCAAUAUAUUCGAAAUGGAAUGGUUUGUGUUGGAUUAUCGUGCGCAAAAAGAUUUGUCAAUAAUUAUGAUGCGUAGUAUCAUACCUAUUGAGUUCACCAGUGCUUAUGUUAUCCCUAUGAAUCUUCAAUCAUUUGUUAGUUUGCUCAAGACAUCGUAUUCUGCUUUCAAUAUACUUCAACAAAUAAUAUUAAUGAUUUGCGGAUGCUGGAUACCAGAUUCUUGCACGACACUAUGUAAACGGUUAGUUUAUCAUUUCUACACUAUUUUGAUAUUGCUACUUAUACAUACAUUUAUGCUAUCGCAAUUGAUGGAUUUAAUUUUAACCGUGGACAAUCCCGACGAUUUUACUGAUAAUUUUUACAUGCUACUCGCAAUGAUUGUUUCCUGUUGUAAGAUGUUCACUCUGUUGAUGAAUCGCAGUAACAUUGCGAUACUAAUCGAUAUUCUUGUAAGGAAACCUUGUAAACCGAUCCAGUCCGACGAAAUCAAAAUUCAGCAGAAAUUCGAUAAACAUGUACAGACAAAUACGCUUUUCUAUGCAGUUUGGGUUGAAACAACAUGUCUGUGCAUAGCUGUGACAUCAUUGCUAACAGAAUUUAGAAAAGGAAGAUUAACAUUCAGGGCAUGGUUGCCAUUCGACUAUUCUUCGUCAUCACUGUUUCAUAUUGUAUAUGCACAUCAGUUGAUAAGUUUGACAGCUGGAUCUAUUCUCCAUGUUGCUUGCGACGGUCUAAUAUGUGGAUUACUGGUGCAUGUUUGCUGUCAGAUAGAAAUAAUUGAAUGCCGUUUGCAAAAAGUCGCACAUGAUCAAGAUAUUCUUCGCAAAUCCGUCUUGCAGCAUAAUCAUUUAUUCAAGUUUGCUCGUCUGAUGAAUGAAAAAUUUAGAUUGACUAUUGUUAUACAAUUUGUUGUGAGUAUGUUAGUAGUAUGUGUCAUUCUUUAUCAAUUUACCAAAUCAACAGCGUCAAGAGCACAGUAUAUGCAAUUAAUGAUGUAUAUGGGCUGCAUGCUAUCACAAAUCUUUUUUUAUUGCUGGUAUGGUAAUGAAGUUAUGUUAAAGAGUCGUCAAUUGAUUAAUAGCAUAUUUGAAAUGGAGUGGUUUGAAUUAAACAAACAAACUAAACAAUCUUUAUUAAUGAUUAUGAGACGAAGUUCAAGACCAAUCGAACUUACUAGUGCUUAUGUUAUCUCGAUGAAUCUUGAUUCAUUUGUGGGUUUACUCAAGACAUCAUAUUCAGCUUACAAUGUAUUGAAACAAAUAAAGCAGCAGAAUCAAUACAAGGAAGAAAAAUUUAUCAUUCACAAUAUGAUAUUAAAGAUGUUCAUACUGACCUUUACGUUCAAAAUAUUGAUGAUUUGCGGUUGUGGACGACUGGAUUCUUGGCCGACUCCAUACAAACGGUUAGUUUAUCAUGUGUAUACUAUUUUCGUAAUGUUACUAAUACACACUUUUAUGCUAUCGCAAUUGAUGGAUCUUAUUAUAAUCGUGGAUAAUUCCAACGAUUUCACCGAUAAUUUCUACGUGCUACUCGCUAUGAUCGUUUCUUGCUGUAAGAUGCUCGCUCUGUUGAUGAAUCGUAGCAACAUUGAGAUGUUAAUCAAAACUCUUAUGAGAAAACCGUUUCGACCGGUUGAACCCGACGAGAUGAAGAUUCGACAGAAAUUCGAAAAACUCAUACAAUCAAAUACACUUUACUAUACUAUCUUGGUCGAGACAACGUGUUUGUCUGUUGCCGUGACAUCGUUAUUAACUGAAUUCAAGAAAGGAAAUUUGACGUUCCGAGCGUGGCUGCCAUUUGACUAUUCCUCGUCACAACUUUUUCCAUUUGUAUACGCUCAUCAAUUGAUAAGUUUUACAAUGGGAUCUGUACAUCAUGUGGCUUGCGAUAGUCUCAUAUGCGGAUUCCUGGUGCACAUUUGCUGUCAGAUAGAGAUAUUGGAACAUCGUCUGAGGAAAAGCGCACGUGAUCCUAAUAUUCUCCGCGAGUGUGUUCUUCAGCACAACAACAUAUUCAAGUUUGCUCGUAUAGUAAACGAAAAAUUCAGGAUAACUAUAUUUAUCCAGUUUGUUGUAAGUACAUUGGUGAUGUGUUUUAAUCUAUACCAAUUUACCAAGUCAACAGCAUUAAGAACAAAAUAUAUGCAGUUAAUAAUGUAUACGUGCUCUAUGCUGUCACAAAUCUUUUUCUAUUGUUGGUACGGAAACGAAGUUAAAUUGAGAAGUCGACAGUUGAUAAAUAACAUAUUCGAGAUGGAAUGGUUUAAAUUUAAUGAAACUGCUCAGAAAACUUUACUAAUGGUCAUGAGACGUGCUGUAGUACCAAUUGAAUUUACUAGUGCCUGUGUUAUUUCUAUGAAUCUGGAUUCAUUUGUGGGUUUGCUCAAGACAUCGUAUUCGGCUUAUAAUAUACUUAAGCAAACACAAGGUUCAUAA